AUGUCUCUUGUUUGGGAAAUUACUAAGAACAACAGCUCUUUCUUGAAGAGAACCAAGCUCUAUGAUGGUGCUGCAUUCAACACUGCUCCAACCAACCCAUUGAACAUUAACUCUGAAAAGUACACCAAGACUCAAGCUGUUUCCGUUGAUGUUACUCCAAAGGGUAAUUUGGUUAUCAAGAAGUCCACUUUGGACUGUUCCGUCAGAAAGCCAAAGGAAUUCGUCAAGAAGACCAAGGUCACCAAGGGACAAAAGUCAGUCACCAACUUUGCUAGAAACAUUGUUGAAGCCACCGAAUCUGAAGAUUUCAGAGGUGACUUGAAGGCUGUUUUGGUUGCUCGUGCUGCCAAGUUGUUGAAGAACAGAAAGGCCAGAAAGUAAAUUUGCUUUUUCCAAUAAAAAAACAUAUAAAUUAUAACUGUCCAACAUUCAACGAUGAUUCAGCAGAAUAUUUAAGCUUAUCCAUUCACUUUCUAUUUCGGUAAUCACACGUGUUAAUCAAAAUAAAAAAUUGAUUCUCCUUCCC